CAAGACAAAAUGAAAAGAACAAGUUCAAUACAAUUUUAUUCGAAAUGGAGAGCAGGAAAAGAAAAAAGGGUUGUCCUAAAAGACUCUCUGUUCAGAGGCAAAAUGAAUUAGCUUGGAGUUUAACAGAUUUGUCCYUGAAAGCACRUCUAGAAGAGAAUUCUGACUUGAAAGUUUCCCGCGAAGAAUCAUUGCUUGAUUUUCCUGAGGCAAACCCGUCCAGUUCAGCCUCCGUAACAAAGCCAAAACGCAAGAGAACAAAACAAUCAAUUGAGCACAAAGACCAUAGUAAUCUGUUUAUAAAGACUUCUUUUCCGAGCUCGUGGCAUUGUGUGCUAGGAUCAUUUACUAUCGUUUUGACUGAUAAUGGAGAUCCCACCACUCGUGAACACAAASCGUSUCGUAUUACUUUUGACCUGGACACACUUCUCAACAAAGAUAUGCAGAGUAAUGGAGACAKUGYUUUCCUGCCUCAUAAAUUACGGGAUUUAUCCAUGGAAGGACGACCAAUUAUCCCCAACUAUUUMAUUGAUGCUUUAGAAUAUUUGCAGAAUAAAAAUGUGUUGUUUUUCGUUUUAUCGACCAGUACAUCCAUCUUUGAUACCAGUUGGGAUGUCAUGGUUUGUUUGUACGAAUCUGCUUUGACAAACUUGAAAUUUGCAAGUGAGGAGACAACACUAAGAAGGACUGAUAAAAUGAUGCAACUUGUUAUGGAGCACUUUUAYCACAAGCCAGUAACAAUCCAGGAAACAWGYACUGAUCAGAUGAWAGACAGUGGMUUUGAUGAUCUUUAUAAGGCUGUCAUGGUAAAAAAGAUGRACAAUCAAUGUAAAAAUGAAAUCUCCAAGGAGACAAGUGACUCUAAAUGCUUUCAACAUCCUGAUUUGAAGCCCACUCUAAGAGGAUAUCAAAGACGUGCUGUGAAGUGGAUGAUUGCAAAAGAAAAAGGUGUCAAAUCACAACACAAUUCAAAAGAGAAAACGAAAACACAACCAAAUACAACCGASUCUGGGGCAGAACUGGUUUACUUGCUUAUUCGGGCAUUACAAAUAUUGACAACGAGAUGCUAUGUGCAGCCUGAUCCCCCAUUAGGUGGAAUACUUGCUGAUGAAAUGGGUCUUGGAAAAACAGUUGAGGUUUUAGCUUGUAUACUUAAUAACCCAAAGUCUCAUGAUACUAGAUUAAACCAGGCUGGUCACCAUCCUACUAUCAAUGGAUCAUCUGAAAUAGCACUGCAGUCUUCAGAAUCAUUGUCAAAUAUUGGUGAAGGACAAAUAAAGUCGAGUACUUCAAUGGACAUAACAAAGUCAACUUCUGCCUCUUGCCACAGUACACAACCAAUUGCAUACAAURCACUGAAAACAACAGAAAUCCUCYCAACAGGUKACAAAGAACAAACUAAACUUUACUCAAAAAUAAAUGCAUUAGACGAAACACAGGCAACUCUUUCAACUAGUACAUGUGUUCAUAGUGAUAAUACAAAUUGUGACAGAACUGUUCAACCAAUAUUAUGUGAUAUAUUAACUGAAAAAAGCAAGCCUACAUGUAUAMAAAAUUCAUCAAUGGAGGAGAAAGAAGACACACUCAUGUGCAUGCCAGAAAAAGCACCACCAGUGUUUUACCGAGCUACAGAAACUAUGAUAUGUAACAAAGUUGAUAUGCAACAACCUAUACAUGUACAACCUCUGUCUGGAUCUGGUAUUGAUGAUACACCAACARCAAAGCCAGUGUCAUGUAAUACAUUGGAGGCAACACAGCUACAGUCACAAAUAAAUGACAUCAACAAAACCUUUCAACCAUCAGCUUGUAAUUCUUCAGAAAGAAUUCAGUCUCCACCUUCGUUAUCAUUGGUUGGCACUCAAGCRCUUGUCUCUGAUUCGUCAGACGUUACACAGAUGACAAAAAUAAGCUCAGUAGCUGGCACACAACCAGUGAGAUGUGAAUGUAUUUGUGGAGCUGUUGAUGUGAAUGAGGAUGUUGUCCAGUGUACAAAUUGCUCUAUUUUCCUUCAUAACAAGUGCUUCAAGGGCUCUAAGACAGGCUUUCUUUGUCCAAAGUGUUCUGUCAAUAGGGUUUAUGAAGGUGUCAGUAAACAAGGGUUUAUAUCACCAGAGGUUCUCAGUCAUCAUGACAUCAUCCUUACAACAUAUACAACACUAAGAACAGAGUUUCAUCACCUGAGAAAGGAAGAUGGAAGAAAUAUGAGAUAUCAGAAGAGAUACAUGGCAGUCCCAAGUCCUCUAACAGCUAUUAAUUUCUGGAGGAUUUGCCUUGAUGAAGCACAAAUGGUGGAGACUACAACAGCAAAGGCAGCUGAGAUGGCAUUAGAACUGAAUUGCAUACAUCGCUGGUGUGUCACUGGAACACCCAUACAGAAAGGACUGGAAGAUAUCUAUGGUUUGUUGUUGUUCCUUGGUGAUUAUCCUUACUGUCAAAAGGUUUGGUGGAAGAAGUUACUAUGUGAUCCAUACAUGACAGGUCAUAAAGAACCAUUGCAAAAUGUCUUAUCUGAUUUACUUUGGAGAACAGCUAAAAAUGAUGUCUUGGAUGAGAUUCACCUUCCAUGUCAGACAGAGUACUUGGUCAGACUGAAGUUUACACCAGUUGAAGAACACUUUUACCGCAGACAACAUGAGGAAUGCUCCUCGUGGGCUCUCAAGAUGUUAAGGCAGUUUGGACAGGCUGAUGUGAAGUUGAAUAGUCUAGACAGAAAUACUGUACACAAAAUGUUGAUACCUUUGCUACGUCUACGGCAAGCAUGCUGCCAUCCACAGGCUGUUAGAGGGGGAUUUCUGUCAAUACAUAAAAGGUAUCAAUUGGAAAUCCACCAUAUAUUACAAUUAUUAUCUGCAGGGCUUGUGCUACUCCUUGAUAUCCUCGAAAAAAACCAUAACUUUAAAAAUUUAAUUCAGUAUAAAUUUAUUAUCCUUAAGUUUCCUGCUGCAGUUGAUCUUUACCGUGAGUCAAUGCGGUCCUGGAUGGAGCAUGAAAAAUUCUUCAGAACUGACAGUUUGCAGAAACUCCAUACGUUGCAUAAUCUUCAUGAAGUACUGUCUUAUGGCUACCCUGGGUGCUCACACACUUUACGKGAUGACAAGCUUAAGGAUGAGAUUGAUAUCCAUAUCGAGGAGUACAUGCUAAAACCAAAUGCACAAGUACAGACUGCUCUAAACAAUCUAGAAGAUGUCAAAAAACAUACACAGGAACUCAAAGUGAAGGCUGACAAGGCUGCUYCUUGGUGGGUUAUUGCUAUCGAUUGUGCUCAAAGAAGAUAUCUGGAUAAAGAAUUGAUAGACAGAUUACAAGACCAACUUUCCUUCAUGGAAAAYAGUACCAUCCUUGACAGUUUUACUGAUUGGAGAGGUUUGCAGUAUGUGUUAACAGCAAAAGUAGAGAAAAUCAAGUGGACUCGUGAAAGUCUGGUGAAGGCACUAGAUGGACUUUGUGUUGAUCCAUCUCCUUCCAUUGUCCAGUCAACUGCAAUGUGCUGCUUGAGAUCACAAYCAGAGGACAACAAGCAGUCAAACAAGUGCUCGUUUUGUCAAGUUGACAGUAUUUUUUCUGAAUAUGAAUCCAGACUGUUUGGUCAUCAAGGCAUGAAGGGAAACACUGGACAAACAAACGAUGCUACAGCUGUGGAAUCUAAUCARUAUGGCAACACUGGCGGUCUUCGUGCAGAGACAGACACAGAAAAGGCCUUGAAGAUAUUAUUUACAUUUAUAAAACACCAUGGUUUGGCAAGUGAACUUCACAAAGAUGCAGCUAAUCAUCUGGCUUUCAUUGAAACACUUAGAAAGGAAUUUAAGGUUUUACGUGCAGCUUGGUUUGCGCUGAGAGAACGAGUKUCUUCUAAGGAUGAGYURGAUAUGUGUACAACAAGAYUACGUUUAGCUCAUGCUUGUGARCAAGUAUCUGAAUAUGACACAAACGUGAUUCAACCCUGCCAGGUCAGUCAGCAGAAACUAAAGUUUACAUCGGAUCGAAUUGUUGCUCAGACUGAACUUCGAAAGAGACUUGGACAGUUUGUGUAUCUCACUAACCUCUCCAAGAAGUCUAACAAAGGAGAAAACCCUGAAACUUGUCCAGUCUGCACAAAGGAAUUGGGAAAAGAGUGGAGCGUGUUUUCAUGUGGCCAUUGUUACUGCUGUCAAUGUGUCUGGGUCCUUGUACGUCACGUUAAUUCACGUUCUGGACAAGUCAAGUGCCCUGUUUGUCGAACGCCUACAAUGACAGCAGAAAUAUCGUAUGUUUCAUCUGGUAACGAGCAGCAUUCCGCAGCUAAAGGGAUCUCUGUUAAGUGGCAGGAUGUGCUGGAGCUCAUUGGUAGAGCACUGGUAGAGAACGAURUCUUAUUUAGACAUAUCACUUGUACCAGACGACUUCAGUGCAAGCUUGAUGAGUUUAAGACUGAUAUUGCUGUCAAUGUCAUGCUUCUUCCACUACAAACUGGUUCAAAUGGCUUGAAUAUUAUCGAGGCUACCCACGUGUUACUAGUAGAACCUGCUUUGAACCCUGCUCAUGAACUACAAGCYAUCGGUCGAGUUCAUCGUAUUGGACAAACAAGACCAACACAUGUCCAUCGAUUUGUAAUUGAACACACCGUGGAGUCUCGCAUGUAUUCUCUUCUACACGGAAAGUCUUCUGGCGUUGCAAGGACUGGGUACAAAGACACAGAAAACCCAUCGUUAACCAUUGCAGAUUUGGCUACGCUAUUUAAUCAUGACGAGGAUCAAACAUGCACUUUAGAUCUUGUCUAGCAAUACGAGACAUUGUUAGUGCGCAGAACUGGCUACAAAAAACACAGGAAACCCAUCGCUAAUCAUUCGCGACGAGGACCAAACAAGCACUUUCAAUCUACUCUAGUAAUAUUCAACAAUAAGACAAUGAGUCCGGUCUUAAUUUUAUACAAUGACUAAGACGGGAUCAAAUCA